ACUGAUUGGCUCGUUUACCGAGAUUUCUCCAUGCCCUCAGCUUCCCACACUUGGUCUUGGGUUUUUUCUCGAUUUCGCAAGACAAUCAACAACCAACCUAACGCCCGACCUUUCUCGACAACUAACCCCAGACACCAACAGCAGUAAGCACGCCGCCCAACUCACAUCGAACGAGACCUCGCCAAUUGAACCGCCCUACUGAUUUUCGAAAUUACAGAAAAUGUCGUCCAAGGGAAAGAAGCCCGCCAAGUCCGCCAUCGAGCAGGUCGUUGCUCGCGAGUACACCAUCCACAUGCACAAGAGACUGCAUGGUGUGACUUUCAAGAAGCGGGCCCCUCGUGCCAUCAAGGAGAUCAAGGCUUUCGCCGAGAAGGCUAUGGGUACCUCCGACGUCCGCCUCGACCCCCAGUUGAAUAAGAAGGUCUGGGAGCAGGGUAUUAAGGGUGUCCCAUACAGACUACGCAUCCGCAUCAGCCGUCGGCGAAACGACGAGGAGGAUGCCAAGGAGAAGCUCUACAGCUACGUCCAGGCCGUCAACGUUAAGAACCCCAAGGGUCUCGUGACGGUUGUUGUUGAGGAAUAAGCGAAUCAAAACGAAACGGCGCAAAGCAGAGCAAAAAACAAGGGUCUUUUCUUCUCAAUACAGGAAGACGGAUGAAGAAGAUACCUGGAUGGGCACGCUUUAUGUAGGGCAUGGUUUCGGAGUUUCUCCUGGCUUCAUGGAAUUUAGUCUCGCUAGUCGACGAAUCAAGACAUGUGAGCACCUACGAGCUCGACAAAGACAAUCGCCCUGUGAUGAGUGGGAGGUGGCCAGCAGCUACUUUGCCUAGGUCAUGCUGGUCCCGUGCAGUAAUGUUAACACAUAUGGGUUGCUGAGGUGUCCGUGUCUAGUGGAACCUUACAUCUCACAUCGCUCGACCAAAAUAGGCCUGAGAGUUUCUUGUAGUUAUCACCUGCAAAUCACAUUUGACGCACGACAUUUGACGCACGACAAGAUAAUCGAGAACUUUAAAGGUCAUGGUGAUGUGAUUGACAAGUAGACUUGCUGUCUCUC